AUGCUGUGAUUCUGAACUGCAAUAUAUAAUACUGUGUCAUAUACUGCUAUCACAAGUGCUGUGGGUUAAAACUGUUGCAUAUAUUGGAGAUAAAACCGCAGCAUAUAAGCUUUUUUUCCACUAGUAAUUGUAAGUAUGAAACAUUUACAUAAACAUAUAUAUUAUUAUAAAAACAUAUUAAAAUAAAAAAUCGUAAACCAAAUCAAAUCAUUGUAGAAUGAUUUUGGUCUAUCCGAUCAAAUUUAAUUAAAGUCUUUCUAAAAACACAAAAAUUCCCUCCCAUCAUUAUUUCCAAAGUAUCUUACUUUUUCACUAUUUUUUCCCUCCUAACACCUCUCUAAAAAGCCCACUGCCAAGUCCCAUCAAACAAGAAAAGUCUCUUCAAAUGGCUUUUGCUUCUUCUUCUUCUUCAUGUUCUUCUUCUAUAACAUACUCUGUUUCAAAGUUAUUUUUGUACACAUUUCUAACACUUAGUUUAAGAUUCAGACCAAAUUCUUCAGCUUUAUUAGUUAAAUUAAGGCAUACUUUUAGAAAUCACCACAAAUUAGUAAACCCAGUAAUUCAAACAAAUCAAACAUAUUCAUGCAAUCUUUUUGUAGGAAGUUGGGUUUUUGAUGAAUCAUACCCUUUAUAUCAAUCUUCUCAUUGUCCUUUUAUUGAUCCUGAAUUUAAUUGUAAAUUGUACGGUAGACCUGACUCUACUUACCUCAAAUACCGCUGGAAACCUGCUUCCUGUGACCUCCCCAGGUUUAAUGGCGUGGAAUUUUUGCAAAGGAUGAGAGGGAAAAGAAUAAUGUUCGUAGGAGAUUCAUUAGGGAGGAAUCAAUGGGAGUCUUUGAUUUGUAUGAUAUUUUCUGCAUUGCCAAGAUCAUCACCUACACAUAUCAUUAAAGGGGACCCACUUACCACUUUCAGUUUCCUGGAAUAUGGAGUGAAAAUAUCAUUCUAUAGGGCACCAUAUUUGGUGGACAUAGAUAUAGUUGAAGGCAAGAGAAUUCUUAAGCUUGAUGAAAUUUCAGGCAAUGGAAAUGCAUGGCAAGGUGUUGAUGUGCUUAUAUUUAAUACUGGUCAUUGGUGGACUCACAAAGGUUCUCUCCAAGGGUGGGACUAUAUGGAAUCAGGAGGCAUGCUGUAUGAAGAUAUGGAUCGUUUGACAGCCUUUUAUCAUGGGCUGACUACGUGGGCCAGAUGGCUUGACGCCAAUCUUGAUAUCACUCGGACCCGGGUCAUUUUUCAAUCCAUUUCUCCCACCCAUUACAAUCCAACAGAAUGGACUUCCGGCUCGCUAGCAAUGACAAAAAACUGCUAUGGGGAGACAUAUCCUGCUAGUGGAAUGGUGUACGCGACAGACGGAUACCCAGCAGAGGAUGCAGAUAAAAUGAGAAUAGUGGAUACAGUGCUCAAAGAAAUGAGCGUACCUGUAUACCUCCUUGAUAUUACAAUGCUCUCAGCUAUGAGAAAAGAUGCACACCCUUCCAUUUACAGUGGCGAUCUCAAACCAUAUCAAAGGGCUAACCCUCAAAAAUCUGCCGAUUGUAGCCAUUGGUGCCUUCCUGGCUUGCCUGAUACUUGGAAUCACUUAUUUUACACUGCAUUGUUGUUUUAAUUCUUAAUUCUUUCACUCACGAAUUUGUUUAGACAAUUGACAAUAGUAGCUCAUUGAUUCUAAUUUGUACAGUAGAGAGCAGAAUGAGAAUUAAAGUGUUAACAACAUAAUUUGACUGUGCAAGAAAUGAGAUUAGAACUUGAAGAGAUUAGUAGUGAUGAAGAAAUUAAUAGUGUGGAAUAAAGUUAUUUGGGUUUUGAAUACUUAGUUUGUAUUACCUCUGAUAUGAUUUACAGCUUACAUUUAUACACAAGAUUAGCUACUAAACUAGGAAAGAAUAAUUACAACAUAUUAUCAUUCCUAAACUUAUGUUAUUAGAAUAUUUGAUUUUAUUCUACUUUUCUACACUCCCCUUCAAGUUAUGUCGUAGGGUUCGCUGAGACCUAACUUGCAUAUUGCAUCAUCAAAUGCUUCGGAUGCGACUGCUUUGGUGAGAAUAUCUGCUAGCUGAUCCUUUGAUCGGACAAAUGGAAGCUUAAUGAUCUCCUUUUCGAGUUUUUCUUUGAUGAAGUGCCGAUCAAUUUCAACAUGUUUUGUGCGACAUGCUGAACUGGAUUUCUCGGGAUGCUAAUAGCUGCUUUGCUAUCACAAUAAAGGUCACACACCCCUUUUUGUGUAGGGAUGGGCACAGAUCUUAGACCUGAUCCUAAUUUUAAGGGUCUGGGUCCACCUAUUUUUGGACCCUAUGGAUUCAAGUUGGAUCUGGGUCCAUGAUCUUAGGGUUCAGGUCCGGGUCUACACAUUUGAGACUCAGAUCCGACCCAUAGACCCAUUUACAUCUUUUUUAAAAAAAUUAUAUAUUAGCUAUCAUGUGUAUUUAAUUGUUUGAUUUGAAAGUUUGUUAUAUUUUUGAACAUUGCGUGAUUUUGAACUUUAUCGGUUUAUGUAAAUUAAAAUGUGAUCGUUGUAUUUAUACUUUAAGAAUUAAAGACUUGAUAAAUAUUUUGUUAUAAGAACUUGAAUGUUGAAAAACUUCAUAUAUUUCGCUCCAUUAGUAUAAAGUAUUAAAAGAUCCAGUCGAAAAAGUUUGGCGGCCGCUAACCAUGGGAAUUCCAAACGACGCCUGUCUGCAACCCCUACAGUUACUGCCCAUGGCCACUCCUCUAAUCGGUGGGUUGGUAAUCAGGGGUUCACCCGCUUCCCAUGGAGGCGUGGUCCUCGGGAGCUACCAUCAUCAGUGUUUGGCGGCCGUUUUAAAGGGGUUUACCAUUCUCUCUUUGUGGAUGGUCUUCCUCAUGGUUUAAAAAACAUGUGGCUCAGAGAUCUAUUCUCUGUGGAGGGGGAUAUUGUGGCUGUGUUCAUCUCUAGAAAGGCUCGAAAAAAUAGCAAAGCUGCGUUUAAUUUGUUUGUUUAAGAGAAGAGUUGAUGCGGAGGCUGCGAUAAAGAAAUUUGAUGGCUAUAGUAUCAAGGGUCGACAUAUCCACGUCUUUUUGGCUAAAUACGAUAGGAAUGAG